AUGUCUUUUAGAAGGCAAUUCAAGGAAAAACUUUAUUUAAUACACACACUCUCUCUCUCUCUCUCUCUCUCUAUUUCCUCCUCUCUCUUUCUCUUUUACUCUCACUCUCUUUCUCUUUCUCUUUUACUCUCUAUCACUCUCGCUUUCUUUCUAUUUUACUCUCUCUCUCUAUCACUCUCCCUCUUACUCUUUUACUCUCUCCCUCUUUCUCUUUUACUCCCUCUUUCUCUUUUACUCCCUCUUUCUCUUUUACUCCCCCCCCUCUCUCUCUCUCUCUUUCUCUCUGUUUUUUCCUUUUUCUUUUUCAUUCUUUUCCACUUUCUCGCCUUCCCUUUUUCACUCUCUCGCCUUCCCUUUUUCACUCUCUCGCCUUCCCUUUUUCACUCUCUCGCCUUCCCUUUUUCACUUACCGUAUUACGCUCUUUAUAUCUCUUCCUUUUUUCUGUUUCCUUCUUUGACUUGAUUUUUCAUUCUGUCCCGCUUUUUCCUCUGUCUUUUUCUCUCUCAUUAUUCUCUUUUUCUUUCUCUCUCUUUCUUCCUUUUUAUCCCUCUAUCUUCCUUUUUUUCUUCUCUUUCCUUCCUUCCUAUUUUAUGUCCUUUUUCUCUCCCAUACUAUCUCCCUAA